GUUGAAGGGUCGACAAAAAGUGAUUAUUGAUGAGACAAAGUGAUCAUUGAUGAGACAAAGGCUUCUUUGAUCUGUUACUCAACUUUCACUUCAGUUUUCCUUCAGUAUCUUUUGUGUGAUUGAACUCUUUAGACUCUUAUCAUUCCUUGACACCCCUUUGGAUAGCAAACAAUACAGAUCACAGUCAAAAGAGGAGGACGACAAGAAAAACUCACCUAUGGUCAUCGCGAGAUAUCCAGCGACCAGCGGCAUCACGCCCUGCUAAACAUACCUCUACGCUCCGGGCGACACCACAGGCAACAUCACGGGCGACACCACGGGCAACAUCAACAUCAACAUCACCCACCUCUAACAAUGGCGCGCUUCCCCUCCACCAGCAUCCCCCGCCACCUCCGCCCCUCCCGCCGUCGACACAUCUUCCUCGCCCUCUUCAUCCUCUUCACCCUCGCUUACUUCCUCCACUCCUCCACGUCAACAUCCUCAUCGGCACCAUGGUCCGGGUCCGGCCCCUAUGACCCCCACCACGGCGGCAUACCGGAAUCCAUCUGGCUAGAGCACCACAUGAACUCCCCCCUCCCCUCCUCUUCCUCCUCUUCCUCCUCCCAGUCCAAACUAGUCUCAAACACCUCCUUCGACUGGAGCAGUCUCGACUACAAAUACCCCCCACCGUCACCCCUCCGGCAAUUACCAAUCGGUCGCCCCGUCUCCCUUCCCCCCGUGCAGCACCAUUUUGGACCGGAAUCACCAGCUGCUCGCAAAGUGCGCGAAGCCCGGCGCAAGGCAGUGAAAGACGUGUUCGUCAAAAACUGGAAGAGUUACAGGGAACUAGCCUGGAAGAAAGACGCUUUACUACCCAUCUCCGGCGGGUAUAAAGACCAGUUCUCGGGCUGGGCAGCCACGCUGGUUGAUUCACUGGAUACGCUCUGGAUCAUGGGCCUUCGGUCAGAGUUUGAUGAAGCGGUAUCGGCCGUGGCGGGGAUCGAUUUUGGGGUUGUCAAGGAAGGAAAUUCAAAUGGGAGGGUGAAUAUUUUUGAGACGAAUAUUCGGUAUUUGGGGGGGUUGCUGGCGGCGUAUGACUUGAGUGGGAGGGUGAUUUUGCUGACGAAAGCGAAAGAGUUGGGUGAUCUGUUAUACGCGGGGUUUAACACCGAACACAGAAUGCCGGUGGAUUUUAUCAACUUCGAUCAAGCCAAGACCGGAGAAGGGCUGGAUGUUGAGGCAAGUGUGGUGAGUGCAAGCCCGGGAACGCUGACGCUGGAAAUGACCCGCCUCAGCCAGGUGACGGGGGACAUGAAGUACUACGAUGCUGCGUCACGCGUGAUGGACGUCUUUGAGCAAGGGCAGAAUUCCACGCGGAUUCCGGGGCUGUGGCCUAUCUACGUGUCGAUGGCGAGACAGGAUGUGGUGAAUGGGAAUCAGUUUGGGGUGGCUGGUUGCGCGGAUUCGUUGUAUGAGUAUUUGCCCAAAAUGUAUGCGCUUACGGGGGGGCUGGAGGCGAGGUACGAGGGCAUGUCGAGAAUGUUUCUGGAGGCGGCGGAUAAAGCGCUGUUCUUUAGGCCGAUGUUGCCUGGGAAUGAGGACGUGUUGAUGAUUGGGACGGCGGAUGUCACGGUGGAUGGGACGGAGGAGAUGUUGCUGAAUCCGGAGAGCGAGCAUUUGGGGUGUUUUGUGGGAGGGAUAUAUGGGUUGAGUGGGAAGUUAUUUAGGAGGCCGGAGUGGGUGGAGAGUCAGGGGGUUAAGAUCACGAAGGGGUGUGUUUACGCUUACAGGGCGAUGCCGACGGGGAUGAUGCCCGAGAGGUAUAAUAUGGUGCCUUGUCAGUCGACGGAUGAUGCGGGUUGUCGGUGGAAUGAGGAGUUGUGGGAGAGGGAGAAGAAGAAGAGACCCGAGUGGAAGAAACAUCUGCCCAAGGGGUUCACGACGGCCAAGGAUCCAAGAUAUAUCCUGCGGCCCGAGGCGAUUGAGAGCGUCUUUGUUAUGUGGAGGAUUACGGGCAGGCAGGAGUUCCAGGAGGCGGCGUGGGAUAUGUUCAAGGCCGUGAGCAAUGGGACGGAAACCGAGUUUGCGAAUGCGGCCGUGUUGGAUGUGACCAAGGCCGAAUAUCCUCUGCCGAAGGAGGACUACAUGGAGAGCUUUUGGUUAGCCGAGACGCUCAAGUAUUUCUACUUGGCCUUUUCGCCGCCGGAUGUCAUCAGUCUCGAUGACUUUGUUCUGAACACCGAGGCGCAUCCGUUUCGAAGGCCAAAGAAGCCAAGGGUAAUUCGUCCGCUGAAGCUGUAAUGUUUAUGUUGUUAGUAUCUGGAUACCAUAAUUGGAUUGGAUAUACCAUCAAUGAUCACGUUGCCCAUCCGUGG